AUGGAUGCAAAGGUCUCCCCGCGGCCGGUUAAUUUGGGCCAUGCUUGCAUCACAGGUUCUGACCACUGGCCCAAAGACAACGUCACUACCCACUUCCCGCGCCCUCGCUUCUCCUCGGAGGGAAGUCAGACAAGGAGCCGGAGUUCUAGAAGCGCAGCCCUGUCGGCUCCCCUCGGCCUCUGGUUCCAGGCCACUCAGGCAAUGGUUAAUUCUUCAAGUCCUCCUGCCCCUUGGUCGAGCGCACAUCCAGACGCCGAUUCCUUAAAAAGGCCCAAGACUACACGCCCGAAACUCACAAGUGAUGUCCAGAUCCCAUUUAGGGAGCGGCCCAGCACCCGCAAACGUGAAAGCCAGCACUCGGGCCCCAAGCCAGCGGCGGACCCUCGCCGUGCGCCCCUGCGCAUGCGCAGGACCGGGCCCGUGCGCACCUGGGCGUCGCCGAGAGAGGGCGCCCGCGGGCCCGCAGCGGUCCCGGAGGUCCUCCCCGGGCUAGCCAAGGAGCCAGGGGCAUGGACUGCUGGGUAA